AUGCAUUUAUCGUCGUCUUCUUCUCGUCCGGCGAAGAAUCUCUUGUCGAUUUUCUUCAGAGCUCGAGCUUUCUCAGGAACCACCGAGAAUCCUAACCUCUUCUCUCUUCUACAUCAAUCUCCAAACGCUAAGCAUCUUCGCCAUCUUCACGCUCAUCUUCUUCGUACUUCUUAUUAUUCAAACGUUGUGCUUAGCUCCAAGCUUGUUCUUGCUUACUCAAAGCUCGAUCAUCUCUUUCCUAAUUCGCUUGCUGUUUUCUGGCACAUGCCUUAUCGGAACAUUUUCUCAUGGAAUAUAAUCAUCGGCGAAUUCUCUAGAUCGGGUUUUGCGUCGAAAUCAAUCGGUUUGUUUCUUCGUAUGUGGCGAGAAACGAGCGUUAGACCCGAUGAUUUCACGCUUCCUCUUGUUCUACGAGCUUUCUCUGCGUCUCGGGAAGCGAAACUCGGGGAUUUGAUUCAUGUGUUGUGCUUGAAACUUGGAUUUGGUUCAAGUUUGUUUGUUAGUUCAGCUUUAGUGGUCAUGUACGUUGAUAUGGGGAAAAUUUCAUGUGCACGUAAGUUGUUCGAUGAUAUGCCUGUUAGAGACUCUGUUCUUUAUACUGCUAUGUUUGGCGGGUAUGUUCAGCAAGGAGAAGCCAUCUUGGGUUUCGCUUUGUUCAGAGAAAUGGUCUAUUCUCGAUUUUCGCUUGAUUCGGUSGUAAUGGUGAGUUUACUUAUGGCUUGUGGUCAACUUGGGGCUUUGAAGCACGGGAAGAGCGUCCAUGGAUGGUGUAUCCGGAGAUGCUCUUGCUUGGGUUUGAAUCUUGGAAAUGCCAUUACAGAUAUGUAUGUAAAGUGCUCAAAACUCGCUUAUGCGCACAAACAAUUCGUAAAUAUGCCGAAACGAGAUGUGAUCUCUUGGAGCUCUCUUAUUUUAGGUUAUGGUUUGGAUGGAAACGUUGUAAUGUCGAUAAAACUCUUUGAUGAGAUGAUCCAGGAAGGAAUUGAACCCAAUACUGUCACUUUUCUUGGUGUGUUAUCAGCUUGUGCACAUGGCGGUCUUGUGGAAAAGUCUUUGCUGUAUCUCAGGCAAAUGCAAGAAUAUAAGAUAGUUCCCGAGUUGAAACACUAUGCUAGCGUGGCGGAUUGUAUGUCUCGAGCUGGUCUUCUGGAAGAAGCAGAGAAGUUUAUGGAAGAAAUGCCUGUGGAACCUGAUGAGGCUGUUAUGGGUGCGGUGUUGAGUGGGUGCAAGGUGUAUGGAAAUGUAGAAGUAGGGGAAAGAGUUGCGAGAAAGCUGAUUCAACUCGACUCUGGAAAAGCUGGCUACUAUGUAACAUUGGCUGGUCUAUAUUCAGCUACAAGUCGGUUUGACGAAGCUGAGAGUCUAAGGCAGUGGAUGAAGGAAAAGCAGAUUUCUAAGGUUCCAGGUCGUAGCUCAAUAUGA